UUGACGACCGGCAACGACUACCAAAGCAAGUCAUCAUAAUCGAAUUUCAGUAGUUUUUUCCUCUCGGUCCAUAAUAUAAAUGAUAUUGUCCGUGAUCCAAACUAAAAGCAAUUAAACUUUUACAGAUGUGUCAAAAUUAUGCUUAGAUAUACAAAAUACGGACUUCUUUGAGCAACAUUUGUGUAAAGAAAAUUGUCAUCUUAAUUCUAUAAUAUCGGGCAAGCAGUUUGUCAAAGUGCAGAAGCAAUUUUACCGUGACUAUAACGCUGCAACAUUUGGAAGACCAUCCUUAAAAAAUUGUGAAACACCACUGUUGGGAGAUCUCUGUGAAAAGUAUCGAUCCAUUUUAAUACGUACUUCCGCUGACUUAUCGUCUAACGGCAUAGCCUCCACAUCACAGGAUAUUUUAACAAGUGAAGAAGCUAAUAAACUCAACAAUAUGUCAUCCGAUAAACAAAAGGAAUUUCAGCGAUUGCCCACAAAUGUGGCGCCUUCACAUUAUGAAUUGGAGUUGAAACCAAAUCUGGAAGCUUUCACUUUUGAGGGAAAGACCAGUGUGCAAUUAAAAAUUAAUUCAACAACGAAUGUUAUCACAUUGAAUGCUUUGGAUAUUAACAUCAGUGACAGUGGUUUAGAACUGAAUGGAGAUGUCUUGAAACCGAGUAAAAUUGACUACUCGACCGAAAAUGAAACUGCCUCGUUACAUUUUGAAAAGGAGUUGCCCGCCGGUGCCGAAGUAAAACUAAACAUGAAGUUCUCGGGAGAAUUGAAUGACAAAAUGAAGGGCUUUUAUCGCAGCAAAUACUUCACCCAAAGUGGUGAGGAACGUUACGCUGGCGUAACACAAUUCGAGGCGACCGAUGCCAGACGUUGUUUCCCUUGCUGGGACGAACCGGCUAUUAAGGCAACGUUUGAUGUCUCGCUUAUUGUGCCCGAAGAUCGUGUUGCUUUGUCUAACAUGCCCGUGGUCAAAGAGGAUGCUAUUGAAGGUGGCUUGCGUCGCAUUAGCUUUGAUCGUACACCCAUUAUGUCCACGUAUUUGGUGGCAGUAGUUGUUGGUGAAUAUGACUUUGUUGAGGGCAAAUCGGAAGAUGGCGUGCUGGUGCGUGUCUAUACACCUGUUGGCAAAAAGGAACAGGGUCUUUUUGCAUUAGAAGUGGCCACCAAAGUUCUACCAUACUACAAGGAGUACUUUAAUAUUGCAUAUCCCUUGCCAAAAAUGGAUCUCAUAGCCAUUUCUGACUUUUCGGCUGGUGCCAUGGAAAAUUGGGGCUUGGUGACAUAUCGUGAAACGUUUGUGUUGGUUGAUCCCAAGAAUACAUCCCUAAUGCGCAAGCAAUCAAUUGCCUUGACAGUGGGUCACGAAAUCGCUCAUCAAUGGUUUGGAAAUUUGGUUACAAUGGAAUGGUGGACACAUUUGUGGCUCAAUGAAGGCUAUGCAUCUUUCGUGGAAUUCCUUUGUGUUAACCAUUUGUUCCCCGACUAUGAUAUUUGGACCCAAUUUGUUACGGACAUGUAUACACGUGCUUUGGAAUUAGAUUCCCUUAAGAAUUCGCAUCCCAUUGAAGUGCCUGUAGGUCAUCCAUGUGAAAUUGAUGAAAUUUUCGAUGAAAUCAGUUACAACAAGGGUGCAUCUGUUAUUCGCAUGCUGCACGACUAUAUUGGUGAGGCAGAUUUUCGCAAAGGUAUGCACACCUAUUUGACACGCCAUCAAUAUAAGAAUACAUGCACCGAAGACUUGUGGGCCGCUUUGCAAGAGGCCAGCUCAAAACCUGUGGCCGAUGUCAUGUCUACUUGGAUCAAAUUAAAAGGUUUUCCAGUUGUAAGUGUGGAAGAUCAACAGCUGGAGGGUAACAAACGCUUAUUGCGCCUUAGCCAAAGUAAAUUUACCGCUGAUGGUUCGAAACCCGAUGGGGAUUAUAUCUGGGUUAUACCGAUUACUGUGUCUACCUCGAAAAAUCCUAACGCUAUUGCUAAAACCUUCCUUUUGAAUGAGGUGUCGACGGAAGUUGUCUUGGACGAUGUUAGCCCUGAGGACUGGAUCAAAGUGAACCCUGGAACUGUGGGAUAUUAUCGUACCCGUUACUCGAAGGAAAUGUUGGAAAAGCUAAUGCCGGCUGUACGUAACAUGGAACUUCCACCUUUGGAUCGGUUGGGUUUAAUCGAUGAUAUGUUCGCCAUGGUACAAGCCGGCCAGGCAAGCACUGCAGAGGUAUUGGAACUUAUCGACUCGUACCGCAACGAAACCAACUACACAGUAUGGACUGCUAUUACGAAUUCGCUUUCGAAUUUACAUAUUCUUAUUUCACAUACGGAUCUUAUGGACCAUUUCAAUAAAUAUGGUGAAAAACUUUAUCGGCCUGUUGCUGAACGUCUUGGCUGGGAAGUGCGUGAAGGUGAAAAUCACCUGGAUACACUUUUGCGCAGUCUUGUCCUUUCCCGCCUGGUGUCCUUCCGUUGCAAAGACAUCACCGAUGAAGCCAAGAAACGUUUCCGUGAUCAUGCCAAUAAUGUUUGCCCUGUACCUGCCGAUUUGCGUUCAACUUGUUACAAAGCCAUCCUUCAGGAAGGCGAUGAGAGUAUAUUUAAUGAAAUGCUUGCUUUAUAUCGUGCCACCGAUUUACACGAAGAACAAGAUCGUAUUUCACGUGCCCUUGGUUGCAUUGGCAAUGUUGAUUUAUUACGCAAAGUCAUUGAUUUCGCUAUGUCGGGUGAAGUUCGGGCACAAGACUCUGUAUUUGUAAUUGUUGCCGUAGCCGUUAAUCCCAAAGGUCGUGACAUGGCAUGGCAAUUCUUUAAAGAUAACCAUCAGAAGCUUUUGGAACAAUAUCAGGGUGGAUUUUUGCUAGCUCGCCUUAUUAAAUAUCUUAUUGAGAAUUUCGCGUCUGAAGAACGUGCCAUUGAAGUUGAAGAGUUCUUCAAGACCAAACAAUUUCCUGGGACUGAAAGGACUGUUUCGCAAGCCGUCGAAACUAUACGCCUUAACGCAGCCUGGCUGGGAAGAGACCGCGAUGCAUUGACUGCUUAUUUAAAGAAACAAUAAACGUGCAUUUAGUAGGCAUUUAAAAAAGUUUUAAGCAGAAAGUACACGAGAUCUAAACCAAAGUCAUUUAUAAAGAAAAGAAAACAUCAACUUACGUAAUUUAUAUGGUUCUUGUCAUUCGUAUGCAGGAAACCAAACUUAAUACUUUCAUUACCUGUUUUAAUUUCUUUGCAAUUUCAUAGCCCCCUUUUUGUUAUUUGAUCGACACAUGGCCAUAAUUAAAUUAUUUUUGUUUUUCCUUACAAGUAGUUUGUAAACAAAUAUAUUGGAAUUUAAAUUAUUAUAAAACUAAAAUCAUCAAUAUUGUCUUUAUUGAAAUACAUAGUUAUGCAUUUGCUAGAAUUAUUAAAGAUUUAUAAAGAAAAAAGUAAAUAAAGAAAUUUGUAAUAUA